UGCUGCUUCAUAUAGAUCGAUGAGUUAAACGAUUUGUGAAAUGUGAAAUACCUUGAAUUUUGAAUCCAGUAUUGUUACGAGGAUAUUCUAUGUGAACUAGGGUUUGGAAUUAUGGAUCCAUGUCUAUUACUGUUACAGUUGCUUGGUUGAGGAUGAAUUAUGUGGUUUUUGUGGUUUAUUUUGCCAUUUGGGAUUGGUCACCUGAAGUUGGAAAUGGUUAAAAGUUAUGGAGCAUUCUGAUUCACAAGCGAUAUCAUGUUGCAGUGCUUAGAGGGAUUCAAGUCUUUGCUCGCUUCUGUAUUACGUUGUUGUGACAUUGAUAUUAACCAGCCAAGAGGCCUUGAAGAUCCUGAACUUCUUGCAAGGGAGACAGUGUUCAGUGUUAGUGAAAUAGAAGCUCUGUAUGAGCUCUUCAAAAAGAUCAGCAGUGCUGUAAUUGACGAUGGACUGAUUAACAAGGAAGAGUUUCAAUUGGCAUUAUUCAAGACGAAUAAAAAAGAAAGUUUGUUUGCUGAUCGGGUGUUUGAUUUAUUUGACACAAAGCACAAUGGGAUCCUGGGUUUUGAAGAGUUUGCUCGCGCCUUAUCCGUUUUCCAUCCAAAUGCCCCUAUUGAUGAUAAGAUUGAAUUUUCCUUUCAAUUAUACGAUCUCAAGCAGCAGGGUUUUAUUGAAAGACAAGAGGUGAAGCAAAUGGUGGUUGCCACACUUGCAGAAUCUGGUAUGAAUCUAUCAGAUGAUGUUAUAGAAAGUAUAAUCGACAAGACUUUUGAGGAAGCAGAUACAAAGCAUGAUGGCAAGAUUGACAAGGAGGAAUGGAGAAACCUUGUUUUGCGCCAUCCGUCACUUUUGAAGAACAUGACCCUUCAAUAUCUCAAGGACAUCACCACAACAUUCCCAAGCUUUGUAUUCCAUUCACAAGUAGAUGAUACUUAAGGGAAAGUAUUUUGUUGAUAGUUUUCACCUUUGGUUUCUCUGUCUCUGUGCUACGAGUCACCUCUCUUUCCUUUUUAAAAUAUAGUUGGUUGAUUUGCUUACCUUAAAUUGGUUAUAUAUUUGAUUAAGGUAUUUGGUUUGAUA